CAGUACACAUAUUGCCAAAAUACACCUGGCUCGUAUAAAUGUUUAUGUAUGAUGGGAUACACGUUGUCGGUGAAUGGAAACUGUCAACAAUGUCACUGGAACUCUUAUGGACCUGGGUGUUUGAAGACCUGUAGCUGCAAGGCUGAAAAUACUGUAACCUGUGAGCUCUCUACAGGUGAAUGCAUCUGUAAGCCAGGCUGGGAGGGCAUGCGCUGUGAAACAUCAAUAAAUGAUUGUUUGAGUGACCCCUGCCCUGAUCAAACCUGCACUGACCUGCACCGUGCAUAUGUCUGCAUCUGUGGUGAUAACAAGAGAAUGUACCAUGGCACCUGUCAAGAUGCCAUUGUGGAGUUUAUCUCCUUCAACUUGAACCCAGCUUUGGGUGACUUAGUGGACAUUUUUUUCUUGUUCAGUCUGGGUUCAGCAUACCAGUCUAACCCCUUGAGUCCUCCGAAUUUCAUCUACAAGAUGCAAGCAGAGGAUGAAGAGAGUGCUCAGUUUGAGACUUGUGACAUCGACUUUCAUCGUGAUUACAGUUACGUCAAGGGGAAAGAGUGGUUCAUUCAGAGAUUUAAUUCACGCACCACCUACCACUUCUACAUCCACUUUGUUCUGCGCUUUAUGAAGCCUGAGAUGGUUACGGUGAAAGCUGUUCCUGGAAUCAUUGAAUAUGUGGAGAAGGUUCUGGUCUUUGAUGUACGUUACAAAGAUGUUGACAUAGGGCACUGCCUGGUAAAUCUACAGCUACCGGGUACUGGAUUGUACCUGACUCAACGUAAGGAGUACAAGAGACAGCGCUACAACUUGUUUGAAGUGAAGCUCUCCCCUGAAGCUGUGUGUAAAGACUUCCCCAGGCUGGAGUGGAUCUACUUUAAGAUGGAGGAGGAGUACAUCAAGAACCCCAAGAGGUGCAUGAGACAUGAGGACCUGGCUCUUGUGGAUAUUAAUUCACUACUGGCCAAGUCUGGGGCCAUUCCAAUUACCGACCAGAAAGGUAAAAAGGACAUCAUACCAAAAAACACCUUGCCUUUAGGGAUAUAUUUCAUCUGUGCUGUGGCCUUUAUACAGAAGAAGUUGGAGCUAAAAUCUGUUGUUUGUGGCUAUAUUGAGAUAGUUCCAGCCUAUGAGCUGAUUGGUCGAAUCAACCCACCUUACAAAAAGGUGGACUGGGUCUCGGGUCAAAGACUUACCCUCUCAGCAGAUUACCAUCUUCCUGACUACCCUGAACUGACACCAAAGUUUGAAUGGACUUGCAAAGGGGAAGGACGGAAGCGGUGCCCAGGUAGACCUGAAGGUAAACAAUUUGUGUUUCCUGAUAAUUAUGGCAAUUAUGUGAAGUUUACUGUCAAACUGAAAGUGACAGUCCCAGGUGUCAAUGAAUUGGUUGUGAACGAUGAAGUUGAGGUCAACUAUGUUAAUGUCAACACGGGCUUGUGGAAUGAACUAACCUGCCUGCAGGGAUGUGGUAAGGUGGUGGGCACGCACCAGGACAUAAUGUACAAAGUUCUCAUAGAGAAACGCCGUAAAGAUCUACGCGGGCAAGAAAUAUAUGAGUGGAAUGUUCAAGAAAAUGAUCGCUGGCUUUCUGGUGCUGAAGUGGGUAAUCUUCGUACUGAUGUGAAACACACAAAUAUAUUUUAUGUCCGCCCCAGACGACUUAAGCCUGGCACAAAAUAUAUACUUCAAUGUAUAUUAACUAUACCAAGAAGAGGCAGACAGUCAGAGAAAAAAGGCUCUCUAGAAAUAGAGUUUAGAACAGAAGCUGCCCCUGUUGGCCAGGGAUGCCAUGUUGGACCCACCAGUGGAAAAGCCAUUUUGACCAGGUUUACCUUUGCUUGUGUUGACUACAAGGACACAGUCAAUCAGCAGCCUCUGAUGUACAGGCUGUAUCAGGAGGAUGUACUGGAUACUGGAGAAAAAAUGUUCACAGUGAUCGCCUACAGUGGAGAGUUCAGUUUAGAAAACAUAACUCUCACAUCAUCAUUUGCUAAGGGGAAGCAAAGCACUCAAGUCAAACUUAAAAUGGAGAUAUCUAAUAUCUAUGGGACAUCAACAGAUAUAGAUCUCACCGUACAGCUAGAAGUUGAAGACCAGAAACAGCUGCUUAGCAAAGUUGCUGAAGCCUUGUCCAGUCUUACUCAGGGAACUCAAGAAGACAUCAGAACUGCCAAUGAUAUUGCUACUCUUAUCAGCUUCAACGACUCAGCUUCAUAUGAAGAAAAAAGAGCAGUGCGGCAGAUGUUGCUGAGAGCAAUAAGAAAUUAUCACGCAUCAACUCCAGAGAGUGUCGAGCAUGUUUCAUUUGUGCUGAUGAAAGCUGUGUUUAGAGAGAAUGAGCUGGAAGAAGAUGGUUUGGACAGUGGUUUGGUUGCGGCGAAGCACUUCAGUGACAAACUAGCCUCAGCUUGUACAGACAAUUCUGACGUUAUUUCACAAGUAGCAAAGGUACAGGUCCAUGCCCUGAGUACACUUCUGUCAAAAACUUCGGAAUCUGGCAAAACUUUAGUGGCAGACUCAAAAAUGGAAGGGGAUGAGAAAACCAACAAGUUGAGAGCGAAUUUAAACCAUGGAUUUCUAGCCACUGCAUCGGUUGAACAAAUAGCAGAGGUUUUACAGUCUUCCCUAGCUGCAGAAGAUGAAACUGUUGAGUUGACGACAGAAUUUGUGGACUUGACAGUGGCAUGGCAAAAUUUAUCUGAAGAGUCUCAGUUUAACUACUCAUCGAAAAAUGGCCUGGUCAAUUUUCUCUUACCUGGCUCAGAGGUGGGAGCAGAGAAUGAUGAGAGAGUGGACACAGAGUUUGAGCUGUACAAGAAAAACCCGUAUGUUGGAGCUGCAGAUAACGUACACGGAGAUCUGCCUGUGCUGAAUGUGAAAUUUGUGAGACACAAGAAAGAAGGGGGGAAGGAACCAGGAAGUACUGUACAAUUUAGUAAACCAGCUGAUAUCUUCAUUGACUUCAACAGCUCUGCGGGUGAAGUUAUUGAUUACCACGUAGCUGUAGCCACAGAGACUCUAAAAGGCAUCACGUACAUCCGUAGAUCAGGCUGUAUAAUGAUGUCUGUACAAAGAUCAACCACUGAGGCAACCAUUUUAAAAAUCAACCCUCCAGGCAAUUUGAAGCUGAAAGUUAAAGCUAAAUUUAGCAAUGUUAUUAGUGCCUUUGAAAAUCUGCAUGAUGAAGAGAUGCUGGAAAUGCCUCUGAACGAUGUAGAAAGUAUAAAUUCCACAGCUGGACUCCUGACAAGGGAGAACAAUUUGUUGAUUCUUCCAAUGCUAACUAUGGCAAGCACAGGCAAAGAAAAAAGUUCAGUUUUACAGGAUAAAAAUCAAGGUCAAACUUCACCAAAGGCUGGAGCUUCCUACACUGAGGCAAGCAGACCUUGA